GGAAGAAGAGACUUGACCGGAGUGGGAUCCCGCGCGAGCUGACCACCCCGACGUGCUCUUUAAGGCUUUUGUGAGCCCGUGCCGUGCGCGUCGUUGAUCCUCCCUUCUCCGCGCGCUGCUGGCCCGCUUGCAGAUGGGGAAGCACACUGUUAAAGUGCAGAUCUCCGCCCCGCCCCGCCACACCCGUUGCUAUCUGUAUCUUGAUCGUUGACUGCGUUGGUGCGUGAUGCGAUGCGCCCGCUUAGCAGCACAGCAUGCACCGCUCGUCGCUGCAUGGCCUCCUCUUCUGCAUGCCGAGCAACUCGCGACUGUCUCUUUGCUGGCAUGGCCUCAUGCAGCUGAUGCAGGCAAACGCCUUAUUUCAUCCAUCCCGCAGCCAGUGCAGCGCGAGGUUGACUUUGCUCGACCGCACGGUGAAAGUUUUGGGCGCUCCUCAAUUAAAGCAGGGGCGGGUGCACGAAGCGGCAAUCUCCACGAGGUCAGGAAGGAUGUGUGCCUCCUCUUUCUGCAUUCGUGAUUGUGUCGCAAUGCGCAGCAGAUAGGUUCCGUUCGCGAGCCAGCUACUCGUGACUGUUGUGUGUCAGUCAGCUCGCCUCGCAAAAUAAGGGGCGACCCGCUGCCAUGACUAUUGCUCGGCAGGGUUCACUAAUGUGGGGCAGGCGAGUUGACAGCACGGACCUGUUCAGCUUUCCCUGAUGGGAGUAGUGACGCGCACAACGCGACGUACGCGACGACAAGGGCAAAGCGCUUGCUCUUGCUAGUCGGCGCAACCGCCGAACCUAUUCGGCAAGAGUUUGUCAAACGUGCCUGCUGAUUGUGCUGUUCUGGCCGCGGCGAGGGGUGUGCGCUAGGAACACCCUAGCGCGGAUCCGCUAGCAUUAUAGCUGCACUUGCGCCUUUUGACCUCCUCGCGGCUGCAGCAGCUCUCGUGUCGUGUCCAAGGUGUUUCGCUAUUUUGCGCACUGAUGCCACACGCACUGUCGCAGCUAGCAGCUAGGAACUGCAUGAAGAAAUCCAAGUCACAUUCGAGAAAGAGCAGUACAGUACCCAUGCAACCAGCGCUUGAACGAGACGGAAGGUUCGGACCGAGUGUGACUUGCCGGUCAUCCGCGCGAUGUUGAUUGCAAUCGCCGAGUCACGAGUGUGGCAUCCUGUGCGCUGCUCUGGAUGCGGGCAAGAGCACCGGCGCGCGGCGGCAAGAACUCGUCGUAUUUUCCUUAUUGUUACCCCACAUUGAGAAGCCGCUGGAGCCCGCCCCUUGCGGUCGGCGACGCGCUGCGAAAUUAUAGCUCUCGCUGCGCGGGUCAUCAGGGUUAGGGUUAGGGUUAGGACCUUUCAUGCCUUCUCGACCGCGCGAUGCCCUCUUCUCCCAGCACGAGGCGAGGCGCGUUCCAGAGGCGGGCAUCGCGUAAAAGUUUGCAAACGCCAUUCGCGCUGCCGCCGUCGUGUCAUGCAUUCAGCAUCCCCCGCACAUUGAGCUUCUACGCGUGGUGGUAGUCUCACUCGCGACUGCCAUGAUAUGAUGAGUGAGUGAUCACGCCGGCGCACCACAAGUAGUCGUGUCAUCGAGCACAGUCACGCGCGUAUGCAUGGGUACCGGCCGGCCGGCCUUUGCGCCGAUCCAGCCGCGGGACGCACGGAAUGUGUGGCAUUCGCAUCAGCUGCCGUUCGCUCCCACCUCGAGCAUCGCUACAGGGACAGUCGCGCGAGUUGCUCCUCGCCAAGAGCGUCACUCGGCAAGCCUGCUGUGAACACCGCAACGGGCGAUACAUUGACGCCAAG